UCCCGUAUCAUCAUUAGUGGCGAGCCAAGUGUUAGGUGAAAAAUAACAUUCCUCGCAAAAACAUUUGGAUUUUUACCAUUUUAGGACGUAAACUAGCGGAUGAAAGUGUGGCAACAUAUUCAUCAUAGCUUUUAGGUGGCGCACAGGAAUAUCCAAAUUGAAGUUAGGACGCCAGUGGCCCGCCAAGUGCUAUACUCUAUUUUGUAAGACAAAAAUCGAUUGAAUUUUAGAGCAAUCCGAUAAAAUGGCCAACGUUUGCGAGCCAUUAACACUAGCCAAAGAUGUAAAGCGUUCGAUUGAACUGCUGGAGAAGCUGCAGAUGAGCGGAGAGGUACCCGCCACCAAGUUGGCCGCCCUGCAGAAAGUCUUGCAGAGCGAUUUCCUGAACGCCGUUCGCGAAGUUUACGAGCAUGUUUACGAAACCGUAGACAUUCAGGGUUCGCUCGAUGUGCGAGCAUCUGCCACUGCCAAAGCUACCAUCGCGGCAUUCGCUGCCAGCGAGGGACAUGCCCACCCCAGAGUGGUGGAACUGCCCAAGACGGACGAAGGUCUAGGAUUCAACGUCAUGGGAGGAAAGGAGCAAAAUUCGCCCAUCUACAUUUCCCGUAUUAUCCCUGGAGGCGUAGCCGAUCGCCAUGGUGGAUUGAAACGGGGCGAUCAGCUCCUCUCGGUGAACGGCGUUUCCGUCGAAGGCGAAAAUCACGAGAAGGCUGUCGAGCUGUUGAAGCAGGCCAUCGGCUCCGUUAAGCUGGUCGUACGUUACACCCCAAAGGUUCUGGAGCCCAAAGGUUCUGGAGGAGAUGGAGUUGCGCUUCGAUAAGCAACGAGCGGCCAGAAGGCGCCAACAGUACUAAAGAUAGAAACGUCAUGAUCGUGCACAAUAGUUGCCAUACAUCGAUAAAUUAUCUCUUACUCGAAUUAGAAAAUGGUAUUCAGAAAGCCGAGUUCAUGCUAUUUACCAACAUUAUUCUACGAUUGAUCGCUUUGUAGCGGGAUUUCUCAUAUUUUCAUCUAUGUGAACACCGUUUUAUGUUUUCCAUUUAAGUUAGAUUUAAUUUAACUUUCACUUUGUUUCUUGUCCAUUCACGUUAAGAUGACACACAUAUUUACAGUUUAUGUUAACUUCGAUCGUGUUAAACUGUCUGAUCCCAUUAAUGAUUAUAUCCAUAACAAAUAAAAAGUAUAUGUCGCGUUGAUGGCUA